GUGAAUUAGUGCCGAGAACCUUUUUACUGUGGUGCGCUCCUCUCGUAGUAGGUGUCAUUCAACGCCCUCCAUUCCUCCGAUUUUUAUUUCCGCUGUUCUGUGGGCCGAAGAAGCUGUCGUGCGUCUUCACUCUCGGGUUUGUUUGUCUGCUUGGCCGCACUGCAGAGAGUACGUCGGCAGUGCUCCCCACUCCCACACACCCCACCGUUGGUAGCCUUCGGUAUUGUUAAAGCCGGUGCUUUUCCCAAAGCGGCCGCGCAGCUGAGCCAUUUUCCACGCGGCUCCCUUCACGCGAAUACACACGUUUCAAUAAAGACAGAAAAUCGUUAACGUUUGCGAUUCAUUUCACGCUGCCUUUUAUUUGAUUUCUUUUCUUCUCGUCCUCUCGCUCAGCGUCAUGCCGUCGUAUGUUGAGAUCACUGGGUCCGUCAUGGCGAUGGCGCUCAUGUCGGACCAGACCCUCUUUACCCUCUACCACUCGAACAGCUACGCGGCAAACCCUGUCAUGCUGCGCAGCCCGAAGCCGAUGGUGAUGCGCGAUGUCUUUCUCACUAAGUGCACCUCCUUCUUCCCCAAUCCGCUCUCCUGCCUGUACGUGGCAAACCUGACAGACUGUGUUACGAAUUGCGCCAUGGCGUGGACGGUGGCGAAGCCGAUCACGGAGGUGCUGGGCUGGCGGCACGCCGUGGGCCUCUAUAUCGGCGCCGGCUUCUUCUCCAGCUUCGCCUACAUCUUUGCGAUGCAGGUCAACAAAGCUAAGGCGAAUUCGAAGUUUGACUGCACCGCCACGAGCAACGGCUCCUACGCUGCCUACGCGACGCUGGCGCUCAUGAUGCCGAGGUGCUACAUUCCGUAUCUGAAGCGGGCACCCAUUAUGUGGCUCGCCGUGCCCUACCUGCUGAAGUGCACCUAUGAUGAAUACAUCUCGCCGAGGUUUGUGGAGCGGCGACGGCCCGGUGACAUUGAACUGCGCAACUGGGGCUUCGUCGGUGGCGUCUUCUUUACUCUGAUCUACAGUAGCUUGUUCUUCCGCACACGUAGCGACUUCACACUAGCAAGGAUGUUUUUCAAGAAUAUUCAAAAGAGCGCCACGAAGGCGGCUGCAUAG